ACUGAAAGUCAGUGGAGGAGCUACGUGGUAACAAGCCCCUGCUUUUUUAUACUUCACUGACUUUUUUGAAGUAAGAAAAAGCGAAAAAUUCAAAAAAACCUAAAACAAACAUACGUCGUUUCAUUUGACAUCUUCACUCUCUCAAGUCUCAAACAAACUCAAAUCACCUCUCAGUCGUCACUCGUCGCCUCCUCUUAAUCGUCGGCUCGUCGCCUCCACUCAGUCAUCGGUCGUCGCCUCCUCUUAGCCGUCGGCUUGUUGCCCCCUCUCAGUCGUCGCCGUCGGCCGUCGCCUCGUCGGAGUCUCAGAGAAAAUCAGAAAUUGAAAAAACUAUUCUGCUCCUACCACAGUCAGACAUGGCGCGAAAGAAGCACCAACAAUUGGACACUCAAAUUCAUCGCCAAAAACCUAAUUCUCAGUCCUCUACUGCCUAUGUUCAGAUUCUAGGAACUGGGAUGGACACACAUGAUACACUGCCUUCAAUUCUGCUCUUCUUUGAUAAUUUCCGGAUCAUUUUCAAUGCUGGAGAGGGAUUACAACGGUUCUGUGCAGAGCAUAAGAUUAAGUUGUCAAAGAUAGAUUAUAUAUGUCUUUCCCGAGUUUGCUCCGAGACAGUUGGUGGACUUCCAGGGCUGCUUCUAACGUUGGCUGGCCUUGGAGAAGGACAUUCUGUCGAGCUACGGGGUCCUUCAGAUCUUAGUUCAUUGGUUUAUGCACUCAAGUCCUUCAUUCCACAUGCUGCUAUCUGUGCGGAGAGCUUUGGAUCCAGUCUGUCUUCUAAUGUUGAAGCUCCUACUGUCCCAAGCCUGUCUGAAGGCCCAUUUUUUGUUUGUAAAAGCGCAGUUGUCAGUAUUUCAGCUGUCUUAUUACAACCUAGUAUUUUAGCAGAUUCAUAUGUAAAACCUAGUGACGUUUCUGUUGUAUACAUUUGUGAGUUAUCUGAAAUUAAAGGGAAGUUUCACAAAGAGAAGGCUGAAGCUCUUGGUCUAGACGUUGGACCCAAACGAAGAGAACUACAAAAUGGGAAAUCUGUGAAGUCAGAUCGCCUAGAUAUUAUGAUUCAACCCAGUGAUGUGAUAGACCCUUCUGUACGAGGACCUGUUGUACUCAUAGUUGACUGCCCUACUGAAUCUCAUGCAGAAAAAUUAUCUACUACACAAUCUCUCGGUAAAUAUUAUGCAAAGCUGUCAGGCGAAGCACCUGAAACUGUGAAUUCUAUUGUCCAUCUUACUCCUGCUUCUGUUGUAAAUACUAGAAACUAUCAGAACUGGAUGAAAAAGUUUGGUUCAGUACAACAUAUUAUGGCUGGAUAUUCAAUGAAGAAUGUGGGAAUUCCAAUUCUAGAAUCUAGUGCAAGGAUCACUAAUCAGCUUGGUUACUUGUGUCCUCAGUUUUUUCCAGCUCCUGCUUUACAUUCUCGAGAGCAUCAUUUUGAUGCUGCAGUGGGCAUGGAUAGUCUCACUAAGGAGCCUACUGAAGGGACUUGUGAUAGUAUAUUAGCUGAAAACCUUCUCAAGUUCACUUUACUUCCUCAUUCUCAAUCUGGUUUGGACAAAGCAAAUGUUCCAGGUCUCAUAGCCCCCUCACAAGUCAUUAGUAACUUACUGUUGGAGAUUCCAGAAGUUGUAGAAGCUGCCCAGCAAAUCAGCCAGUUCUGGAGUGAGCCCGAGCAUUCCUCAAAAGAUAGUGAAGGGUUGAUUGGAGGUUUGUUAUUGGAUCAAAAUCCUAUUCCUAGUUGUUUAGAGAAUAUACGGAGAGACGAUGGAGAAAUUGUGCUUCUAGGGACAGGCUCAUCCCAUCCUUCUAAAUAUCGCAACGUUAGCUCCAUCUUUGUUAAUCUUUUCUCCAAAGGUAACCUGCUCCUGGAUUGUGGUGAAGGAACAUUAGCUCAACUGAAAAGAAGAUAUGGUAUGGAUGGUGCUGCUAAUGCUGUAAGAAAUCUGAGAUGCAUUUGGAUUUCACAUAUCCAUGCUGAUCAUCAUGCAGGGUUGGUGAGAAUACUUGCUCUACGACGUGAUUUGUUAAAGGGAACUCCCCAUGAAAAAUUACACGUCAUUGGGCCCAAGUACCUUGAAUCAUUUCUGAAUAAAUACAAAGACCUGGAAGAUUUAGAUAUGCAGUUCCUUGACUGCAGAAGCACCACUGCAGCUUCAUGGGACACAUUUGAGCAUGGUUUUGUGUCAACAAAGUACCCAACUUGUUCAUCUGAUUGCAUGAUAGAUGAGCAUGUGAACAAUGAAAAUAAAGACGAUACAUGUUUCCUGAGGUGUUCAAAGAGACAGAAACUAAGUUCUAAUGUGGAUACUUGUGUAGAUACUAGGUUUCUAAUGAGCUUGAGUGAAGUUUUGAAAGAAGCAGGCUUGGAAAGGUUGACGAGUUUUCCUGUUAUCCAUUGUCCUGAGUCAUUUGGUGUCAUUUUGAAAGCAAGGGAGAGAGUCAACAAUAGUGGAGUUCUGAUUCCAGGGUGGAAGGUUAUCUACUCUGGUGACACUAGGCCAUGCACAGAAGUAAUACAGGCAUCUAAAGGAGCGACUCUUCUUAUACACGAGGAAACUCAAAUGUUGCAGGCAACUUUUGAAGAUAGCCUUGCAGAGGAGGCAAUAGCAAGAAAUCACAGCACCAUUAAAGAAGCCAUGGAAGUGGGAACUUCUGCUGGUGCAUAUCGCAUCAUUCUCACACACUUCAGCCAACGGUAUCCAAAAAUUCCUUCGUUUGACGAGAUCAACUUGGAAAAAGCCUGCAUUGCUUUUGACCUCAUGAGUGUGAAUUUGGCGGACUUGCAUCUACUACCCCAGAUUCUUCCAUACUUGAAGCUACUUUUCAGAGAUGAUGUAACUGAACAACUAGAAGAUGACUAAUUGUAACAGAUCCAGUAUUCUGUUGAACCCACAAGGGUAAACAGGGCAAAUAAAAGUGUACAAAACUACAUUAAUGAGGUAUAGAAUGGUAUUGUUAGUGGUGGUUGCUGGUAACUCCUAUAGCAGUGCACGUCUUUAAACCCUAAUUUUACAGAAAAUUCAUCUGUUAUCUUCUUCACUCUGCAAUUUGUUUUCACAUUCUUCAGGUAAUUAGGUUCCCUAACUCAUCAAUUCUAAAGUUUCUUUGGUUUUUGUUUUUUCCUUAUUCGGAUAGAUAUUGAACUUUCGGUUUCUAUUGAAAUUUUCAUCUUCUUUCUCUCAUCAUUCUUGACACUCAACUACUCAACUACUUGCCAAUCAAGGGAGCAAAACAACUAAUAAUUCGUCUUUCUCUUAAUAACGGUAAUAUGUUUAAUGCGUGGAUGCGAAUGCCUAAAUUUUAUUUGGUAAAUCUUGAUAUGGGUUUGUGGUUAGUACUUGUUUCUGCACGGUUUUUCUUUGAAUAUAUUCAUAAUAUUUGUGAUAAUUGCUGGAAAUUACUCCGUUUUUAGAUUCUGUAACUUGUAUAUACACGGGAUUUCUUCUGGGUUCUGUAACUUUGUAGAAAAUGAUGCGAUGUGAUUUCUAACUUGGUUGGUUAAGGUUGUAAUUGGUCCUCUUUCUUGAAGGAAUUUCUGAAAAGGGUUUCCCUUUUACUGUCAUUCUUUUCAGUUUCCUAUUUCAUUUUCCAUUACAAUCUAAAAUUUGUUAGAUUGAAUUUUCUCCUUUCAUGCUCAUACACUACAAAAAAUCCUCAAAUUAGAGAAAGAGUUUGAGAUGGUUAUUAUGUAAAUUUGUCUUAAAAUUAGAGAUGAACUUAAUUAAAUCCUUCUCUUAGUUAUAUGAGAGACAAUGGAGGAGAAAGAGUAGGUAAAUAGCUUGACAACCUUGAGAAAUAACCACUAACUUUUGAAUAAUCUUAGUGAAGUUAUUUGUAAUUCUAGCUUGUUACGUUGAUGAGAGCUUAUGACAUGGAAUUAUAUGAUAGAAAACCCAUGAUCAACGCUCCUUACUAUAUGAAAUGUUGAGGAAUUUGCGAUUUUCCAAUGUUAGGAAAUCAGCAGGAGGCCACACCAUUAUUUGAAACAUCCGAACUGUUUAAACUUUUAUGGGUUUUAAAGUAUCUGAAUGAUUACACCUUGAAACGUCUAAAUUCCAUUAUUUGAAGAUUGCUUUAGGUAGUCUCGAGAAAGAUUGCAAGUAACAUUAAGUAGCUCUACUAUGGGUUUUUCAAUUGUAGUCAUAAUGACAUCUUAAGUUACACUUUCUGACUUUUGUCGUUUAUGCUUAAUUAUCUGCUGUUUUGUCCUAUUAUGAAAUGGUUUCAGUUUUCUCUUGGCUUUGUCUAGCAUCCUUCUCAAUUAGCCUCCCUCGUAGGUCAUAUAUUAUUUCAGAGUCAAACAAAAAGUGAUUGAGGGUGUCAUUGAGUAAUUUCUAAUAUCGGAGUCACCAUCUAUAAGAUUAUGGUGUGCACUUGCAUAAUUAUAUAAAAAGAGGCAAAAGUAGCUUUCUCCUAUGAACUGGGAAUUUUUUUUUCUUGCAUGGCUUUAUAGAACCUGAAGCUCCUUUUGUUAUCCAGCUUUGUAUACUUACAGAAAGUAGUUUAAGUAUUUUCUCUAGCUAUUAGAAGUGGGGAGAAGGGGCUUCUAAAUUUCUAUAUAUGGAGAUGGCUCAUCUGUCAUGUAUACGCUCUUUUCAUCUUGGUUUGUAUUGAGUGGUUAUAUUUAAGUACCUGAACUUGAUUAGAGGAGGCUUUUUAGUGGUAGGUUUGCAAUUCUUUACUCUCUUUGUUAUCUUUAGAGUUUCUAGGUGCUUGAGUGUUAUGUUAUUGCCUUCAAGUAAAUAUUUGCUGUUGUAUAUAACUUCCCCAUUCUUGAUAACAACUUCCUCUGGGGCUCAUUUCGCUUUAAUUUUGACAGUUUUGCUUUCAUCUCCAUCCACCCUUUUUAUUUUGGCUUUGAUUUAUUUUAUUGUUUGUUAAUUUUGUCAUUUGUUUCUGACUUGAAGCCGGAGUUGGGGCCAAUAGUGAAGUUGUUUAUGCUGCAAAGUUGUCCUUGUCAAAAAAAAAAAAGCAGCUAGACACCCUGCCCAAUUGCAUAGAUAGUACAAGGUUUAUGAAAAAAGGUACUUAGAAGUUAUAAGGUGCAACAGAUCAAGAACGGACAAAGACUUGAGAUGUUCAAAUUUAGCUACCAUUAUCUAUUUUACUAGAUCUUAUUAGUUAGCUUUUCAAGACUUUGCUUUGCAAUUAUGAUGAUGUUUUUAGAAAAAUUUUGGUUUAGGAUUUUGGUGAACAUGCAAUAUAUGCCGGAGUUUUAGUUGUAGUAGUACAUUUGUAAGUUUAAUAAUAUUGAUCAAAGUUUUUAAAUUUAA